UGAAGCCACGGCAGGCACGAUGACAAAUACAGGAGGUAAAGUAGUCGCGAAUCUACGACAAAAGUUCAUAUCGCCGAAUGUGUUGCGAUGGUUCCCCGGACACAUGACGAAGGGUCUAAAGCAGAUGCAACAGCGAUUGAAAAAUAUCGAUUGCAUCAUAGAGGUUCACGACGCGCGGGUACCGGUCUCCGGGCGUUACGCUGAUUUUAGCAGGACUCUGACCGGCUUGAAACCACACAUAUUUGUACUGAGCAAAAGAGAUUUGGCCGACACGAGACACAAGAGCAGUAUAGUCUCUACGUUGAACAGGGAAGGGCUGUCCAACAUAAUCUUUGCAAAUCUCAAAGAUCAACGGUGCAAAGGCGUGAGGCGGAUCCUGCCCUUGGCCAAGAAGUUGAUGUUAAAUUCGGAACGUUACAAUAGAGUGGAGGAGGAGUCUUAUUCCAUGAUGAUCAUCGGCGUGCCCAAUGUUGGAAAGUCCUCUCUGAUUAAUCGUUUGAGAAACAAUCACCUUAGCCUGGGCCAAGCUACUCCGGUUGGCGCGACGGCUGGUAUCACGCGAUCCGUAUUGACCCGUGUAAAAAUAUCGGAAGACCCAGUAGUGUAUCUGAUCGAUACUCCAGGUAUUCUAGCGCCUACCAUCAAAGACGUUCAUGCUGGCUUCAAGCUGGCCUUGGUCGGAUGUCUGCAGGAUCAUGUAGCGGGUUCGCAGCUGCUCGCGGAUUACCUACUAUUCUGGCUGAAUAGGAACGGCCGAUUUGAAUAUGUGGACAUAUUGGGUUUGAAAGAACCGAAUGACGAUGUGUUGCACGUGCUCACGUUCAUUGCCGCAAAGUUGGGAAAAACCGUGAAGAUAAAGAACUUCGACGGCCGAUUAGCGGUCAUGCCCGAUUUAAAAUCCGCGGCGGACCACUUUAUUGCUUUAUUUAGGAAAGGAGACUUGGGAUCCUAUUGCUUAGAUAUAGAUUUACUCGAGAUAUCAGAAAACCGCGAAGUUAGCUUAGCCUAAUGAUAAUUAUAUGUAAAUAUAUUUGUAUAUAUUUAUUUAUAGAAAUGAUUCUUAAUCGAAAGAAAAUAUAGAUCAUAAUUUUCUACGACAUCUGAUGACUUGAAUAAUCCUAAAUAUUUCGAAAAAACAACGAUCUUACUUUUCCAUUAUAU